AUGUUUCAAAAGCUGUUGAAGUUCAGGAGCUGCUCGCUGAGAUCCGCUGCGGUCCUGCUGCCACCUGCUGCUGCUCAGAGUGAGACCUCUCUGCAGCCCCGUGUGCGUCUCUCUACCGGGCCCCAACAGAAACACAGAACCUUCUAUGAGUUCCGCACCUACAGCAUCCGGCCCGACCGGACAGCUGCCUUCCUCCAGCUGACCAAUGAGAAGAUCCACCUGCGCACCGCCCACUCUGAGCUGAUUGGCUACUGGAGCGUUGAGUUCGGCGGCCUGAACCAGGUCUUCCAUAUAUGGAAGUAUGACAGUUACUCUCAGCGGGCAAGUGUUCGGGCAGCCCUGGCUCAGGACCCCUCCUGGAUCUCCGAGUACAUCUCUAAGGCGAUCCCGAUGCUGAGGUCUCAGGAGAGCGAGGUGGCCUACCUGGUCCCCUGGAGCCGCCUGCAGGAGCCCCCCCAGGAGGGCGGUGUGUACGAGCUGGCGUCCUUCCAGAUGCGACCCGGCGGUCCGGCGCUUUGGGCAGACGCCUUCCAGGCUGCCGUCACCUCCCAUGAUGCACCGGGGCACGGCGCGCUGCUGGGAGCCUUCCACACCGAGUGGGGUCGUCUGAACAGAGUUCACGCCCUCUGGUGGUUCCAGAGUUGUGACCUUCGAGCUGACCUUCGACAUAAAGCUCACACUGACGCCCGAGUGGUCGCUGCAGUCAGGAGCUGUGUGGUCCAUCUGGACUCUCAGGAGAACAAGCUCCUGGUUCCUUGUUCCUUCUCUCCGCUGAAGUGACUUCCUGGCCUCCACUUCCUGGCCUCACACCUGCGUCUCCACGGCAACAGAGACAAACACGUCACCUGAACCUCCUGCAUCCAUAUGAACCGAUCGCGGGUCGCUAUAGAUCCCACUGCUUGUCUCUGAUUGGUCAGUCCUUAAGCUGAACCAAUCGCGUGCCACAGGGGGCGGGUCUUACCGAGCGGAGGGUGUGAUGCACAGCAGGAAGUGACGGUAUAAAUAAAGAUGGGAGAUAUAAAUAUGUAAUAAAAUAAAAACAGUUGACUGUUUCGUCAGUGAAAGCAGCAGCAGCCAAUCCUGAGGCUGCGAUGUGGAUGGUGGGCGGGGCUUCUAUUGUUUUCAGAUAAAGGGACAGAGACAUUUUAACUUUCUGGCUUAAAGAUCAGUAACAGGCCCAAAGGGUUAAUGAAACCAGUAUGUCAUGUGUUCAUAGACCAUGAGUUAUUAAGACCAGUAUGUCAUGUGUUCAUAGACCACGAGUUAUUAAGACCAGUAUGUCAUGUGUUCAUAGACCACGAGUUAUUAAGACCAGUAUGUCAUGUGUUCAUAGACCACGAGUUAUUAAGACCAGUAUGUCAUGUGUUCAUAGACCACGAGUUAUUAAGACCAGUAUGUCAUGUGUUCAUAGACCACGAGUUAUUAAGAACAGUAUGUCAUGUGUUCAUAGACCACGAGUUAUUAAGACCAGUAUGUCAUGUGUUCAUAGACCAUGAGUUAUUAAGACCAGUAUGUCAUGUGUUCAUAGACCACGAGUUAUUAAGACCAGUAUGUCAUGUGUUCAUAGACCACGAGUUAUUAAGACCAGUAUGUCAUGUGUUCAUAGACCACGAGUUAUUAAGACCAGUAUGUCAUGUGUUCAUAGACAAUGAGUUAUUAAGACCAGUAUGUCAUGUGUUCAUAGACAAUGAGUUAUUAAGACCAGUAUGUCAUGUGUUCAUAGACCAUGAGUUAUUUAGACCAGUAUGUCAUGUGUUCAUAGACCAUGAGUUAUUAAGACCAGUAUGUCAUGUGUUCAUAGACCAAGAGUUAUUAAGACCAGUAUGUCAUGUGUUCAUAGACCACGAGUUAUUAAGACCAGUAUGUCAUGUGUUCAUAGACCACGAGUUAUUAAGACCAGUAUGUCAUGUGUUCAUAGACCACGAGUUAUUAAGACCAGUAUGUCAUGUGUUCAUAGACCACGAGUUAUUAAGACCAGUAUGUCAUGUGUUCAUAGACCACGAGUUAUUAAGACCAGUAUAUUUGAUGAUCUUUGAUGAUCUUGAUGAUCUUGAUGAUCUUUGAUGAUCUUAUUCUUGAUGAUCUUUGAUCUUUGAUGACGUCCACAUGGAUCCAGCUGUUUGGGCCUCAAUGCACGGAGUGAGACGUGAUGUCAUGAUUUUAAUGUCUCCGGAUUAAAGAGUCAAAGCGGCCGUGGAUUUGUUUAUUGUGUUGCCAUGGUAACGCUGCUUCCUAAGCAGACUAACACACAAACUGCUCUCUUUACAUCUUUUCUUUAAAAAACUACAAAAUCAA